GCAGAAGCAGCCCCAGACACUCUGUGCCUCCAGGAGCUGCUGUGGCCUUCUUUGAGGAGAGAGCCCGCCAGCUGGGCCUGGGCUGUCAGAAAGUGGAGGUGGCACCUGGCUAUGUGGUGACCGUGUUGACCUGGCCAGGCACCAACCCUGCACUCUCCUCCAUCUUGCUCAACUCCCACACGGAUGUGGUGCCUGUCUUCAAGGAACAUUGGAGUCACGACCCCUUUGAGGCCUUCAAGGAUUCUGAGGGCUACAUCUAUGCCAGGGGUGCCCAAGACAUGAAGUGCGUCAGCAUCCAGUACCUGGAGGCUGUGAGGAGGCUGAAGGUGGAGGGCCACCGGUUCCCCAGAACCAUCCACAUGACCUUUGUGCCUGAUGAGGAGGUUGGGGGUCACCAAGGCAUGGAGCUGUUCGUGCAGCGGCCUGAGUUCCACGCCCUGAGGGCAGGAUUUGCCCUGGAUGAGGGCAUAGCCAACCCCACUGAUGCCUUCACUGUCUUUUAUAGUGAGCGGAGUCCCUGGUGUAAGUAUGAGCUUGGAGGGAGGGCUCACUCUACAGGUGGGAGGCUAGGCCAGAAAGGGCACGGUCCUAUGAAG